GUAUUGUUGUUAAGUCGAGUAGGCGUGCUCUUUGGACUGGCUGGCAUAUUAGGUAUAUAAUAGACCCUUAAGCUUCCACGUUGCGUCGGUCGCGCUAGGUAACUUCAGUAGAGCUCCGCUUUCCGCUGUUGACACCGGCCAAGUGCUGCACCUACACCGUAUCCUGAAUCUCCCCGCAGCCCAAGCCUGCCGCGCUCUUUUCCUUGGUAUCUGCUGGACAGUGCGACUGUUGCGCCGUCAUGUCCUCAGCUGUCGACAUCGCAUCGUCGUUCAUUGAGGGCGCCCCGCCGGGCGAGCUCUCUGAUGUUGUUGCCGAUAUCAGGGCCCUCACAUCGGAUGGACCAGACGUUAUUCCCUCUCUGGCCCCAGCAUUUGAGAGGUACAAUGAGGCACAGCUGGCGACAGUGAAGCUGCCGGGGUCAAGCCAGGAGGUCAUCGUCAGUGAAUUUAACAAAUUGGAUGGAAACCGUUACUACGACGUGGAGAGCUCGACAUCGUUUGAAUUCGACCAUGUCACACAGACCGCAUCCAACACCCAAUCCACGCCUUUAGAGUCGCAAAAUGAGGACCUAAUUAAAUCCCUUAUCAAGUCUCUGGGUACCCAUGCCCGCGAACACUACCCUAGCUGUUCAUACGGUGUAUACCCGAUUGAGAAUGACACCGCCGUUGCCAUCGUGCUGGUCGCCAACAAAUACUCCCCCAACAAUUUCUGGAACGGACGCUUCCGCGCCAUCUACCAGCUUCCCGUGUCCUCAUCCUCGACCGUGAGUGGAAAGAUUCACGUCGAUGUCCACUACUACGAGGAUGGUAACGUCUCUCUGAGCACCACCAAGCCCAUUUCAAUAGCUAUUCCAUCUGUCUCCGCGGAGACAAUCAUCUCGCGCAUUGCGACCGCUGAACGUGACUACCAGGAGGAAUUGAACCGGGCGUUCAGCCGUAUGGCCGAGGGGGCCUUCAAGGGACUUCGGCGGCAGUUGCCCAUCACCCGACAGAAGGUGGAGUGGGAGAAAGUUGGAGGAUACCGAUUGGGACAGGAUAUCUCCGGUGGAAAGGGACGAUAGGCACGGCAUUGUUAACACAACCUGCCAUUUUAGAUUCCAUGGUGUUUUGCCUUUGUGUGUGUUGACCUAUAAGCGAUGCCGCUGCCCGCCGUACACUGAGAGAGAUGACUAUUCCAGGGCAGUCAUGAGCCGUUCUUUGUACUGUACAUGAUUCUCGCCCGGCAAUAGCCCUCUCGUGGAAAUAAAUUAGCGAGUUUAUUGACUUCUGAAAGCGAAAUGCAUCAUCAGAGGAGACAAAAUGUCCGUAAGUAGUCUGAUGUGCUAUUUCAUGCCAUUGUCUGGUAGGUGACAUUAUCCCUUGGCACCACCGCGAUAGUAUAGUAAUUGAAUUUCCAUUGACCCUCGACCCGGUACUUGCGCAGGAGUAUCUUAAGAACACAACAAUGAAAUAAUCAUGGCGUGCAGGUCAGUCAAGAGGACGGGCGGGACAUUUGUUAACUAGGUAACUAGUUACUGU